GUGUCUGAACUCUGAACCCCCUGGUCUGGUCUGGUCUGGAUAAUCAUCGGUUGUGCAUGACAGCAUGAACAACGCAACGUGUAGCCGUGUAGCGAGUACUCCAUUUCGCGCUUCGGACUUGUGCCAGCUUGCCAAGUUUAAACCGAAGAUUAGAGUCUAAACUCUGAAGCCUCUCCCAAAACUAAACGAUCUUCCAUCACUGGUUGCUAUAAAGGGCGCCAAUACAAACGGCUUCUUCGUCUAUCUCCGCUACACUCCCACCGGGUGCAUCGUCCUUCUUCUACUAUUUCUGGGUCUGCCUCUUUUCACCAUUAAAGGCCACAAAUUGCAGCAGGUGUAGGUGGAAACUGUAGUCUACCAUGGCAGAGACGGCGAUCACCGAGAAAAGUAAAGGAAACUUGCAGGUCUUCGAAAGCGAGGAAGAUCUGGCAGUGUCGCUGGCGAAAUACACCGCUGACUUGUCAGCCAAGUUCGUCCGAGAGAGAGCGACCUUUGCUGUGGUUUUAUCCGGAGGUUCCUUGAUCUAUUCUCUUAGGAAAUUAACGGAAUCUCCUUAUCUUGAGUCUGUUGAUUGGACGAAGUGGUACGUUUUCUGGGUGGACGAGAGAGUCGUGCCCAAGGAUCAUAGAGACAGUAAUUAUAAGCUCGCCUACGAUGGUUUCCUCUCAAAGGUCCCCAUUCCUCCUGGUAAUGUCUAUAACAUCAAUGAUGCACUCUAUGCGGAGGGUGCUGCUGAUGAUUAUGAAACCUGUUUUAGGCAUUUAGUUAAACUCAAAAUAAUUGAGUCAGCAGCAUCUAGUGGUUUCCCUAAAUUUGAUCUAAUGCUUUUGGGUAUGGGUCCGGAUGGCCAUGUAGCGUCUCUAUUCCCUGGGCAUCCUCUCCUCAGUGAGAAUCAGAAGUGGGUAACCUUUAUCAAGGAUUCUCUUAAACCACCUCCAGAGAGAAUAACUUGUACUUUUCCAGUAAUCAACUCGUCUGCAAACAUUGCCCUUGUGGUGUGUGGAGCUGAUAAAGCUGAUACCGUGUAUAGAGCACUGGGGAACAAACAGGAUAGUUCUGAUUUGUUGCCUGUUCAAAUUGUUUCACCAGCUGAAGGGGAGUUAACAUGGUUCUUGGACAAAGAAGCAGCUUCUAAAUUGUAGAUGUUUCAUACUUGUGUAAACUGUAAAUUAAGUUUGGUAACAUGCAUUACUUAAAUUGUCUCACAUAUUCAUCUAGAGAUUGAACUAGACUCCCAUGUGUACAGAGCUUUUAGCUAAGUAGCUAUCUGUUUCCCCCAGCCCCUUCGUACCUACUUAAGCCAUCUAUGUUCAUACUUUUUCAAAGAGACAAGAUUUCUCACUUUCCAUUUGUUCUUAUUGUUCACUGUACGCUCUUUCCCUGUCCAUCCGAUGGUUGUGCUGUCUUUAAUUUCGCAUGGAGGUUUGGGCAUUUAUGUGAUUUA